GAAUAACGUCGAACUAUAUACUUCUCGUGCCGCGAGGACUACAUAGUGAAAACCCUUAUUCGCUAGCUAUAUAUGACCUACGUUGUGCAAAAUCCCAAUAUCUUUGCAGUUAAUACUCCAGUGGUGUAUUCUGUCGUUCAAGGCUUACCCCUCAUACGUCCAGAACCAUCACUCCGGUCGGGCAGGUGUGACGUACUAUCCCUGUACGAACAUACCACGUAUUCAUUCGGCCCAUGCCAUGAGCGACCUACCCAGGGCCGCGUGCGAUAUAUCUGGACACAGAGAGGUCAAGCCAAAUCUACGAAAAGCGUCCACUUUGUACGCCGCCAAAGAUGUAGCCUGCGUGGGCUUAGCAGCCGUGUUGGCACUACUUGGGGACCAGCAAGACCUGGACAGCGUAGACUUGGCCUUUCGAGCGUUCAGCUUCAGCGUCUCUCUUCUGUUCGUAGUGGCAGCUCGUACUUCUGGUGUGUUUCUAAUGGCUUCAGCGUCGUGGUUGACGACGGCAUCCCUGCUCGGAGACGUCACCCUAAGCGGAGCUUUCGUCGUCCUCAAACACGAGCUGCCUCUUCUGGAUUCUACCGAAUAUGUAAACAAGCGUUCGGUCACAAGAAUCCCUGACAGGGGCAAUGAGACGAACGGUUUCGUUCCCGUCCUUACAUUGCGUGAAGCCCACGCUAAGGAGCGCAACCAAGCAGGAAGUCUUCUAGCCGAGUUAGGGGUUCUGCUGGUGGCGGAUCACGUCAUAGCAGUGUUUGCCAAGACGUAUUUCUUGAUCCGCAUGCACGAGUACAUGGCACACAGGAAGAAUUGUAUCGAUGGAAGGUUUCCGCGACGUACCACUGGAUCUGUACCUGAAGGACCCCGAAGAGCACAACAAAUAAGUCAACGGCAGAGUGUUCAAGAAGCGAGAAGUGUCACUGCGUUGCAAAGUUUGGUUCUUUCUAGUGCGUGAUCAAUGUGUCUUGUACGGGCCCCGUGACGACAUUUACUAUUCUCGUCGACGGUUAUAUAAGUAACAUUUGAAGGCUUGUAUAUGAAUAGCUGACUGCAUAAGGCAACUUCCUUAUCCACAAAUGUAUUUGUUAUCGCUGUAUGUAUGAACACGUAGGUAACGAGCUCAGGAAUAAAGUACAUCCGUUCUGCUA